UUGUAGACUUGAGGAUGUCGAGAUAUGGUCAGUAUUAUGUGGAUAUGGUCAGUACUUUGAAAUCAGUCGAGUGGUGGUCAUGUUUCUGGGCUUUUUAGUGGAUCUCUGCGGUUGCCGGCGUUUCAGUGGCGAUGGUAUGAUGGAGUUUCCAUCCACUCCCCACUCAACGGAUCAAAUUCCGCCCAAAUUUGUGGCAGUUGUACUGCCUACGCCGCCACCUUUGACCAUUGAAAUCAUCCGCAAUCCCUUGGCUCCCGAACAGCAGGAAUGCUAUGAUGAUGAUGGCUCUGGCUUCGAUGAUCCCCGACUUCCAGAAAUUAUCAUCUGAUUCGAUCCCCCCCAGCUUUUCACUCCUUCCAUUCCGAUUCCGCUUCAUUUGGUUUAAUUAAAACUCUUUUUGCCAUAAUCCAAUUACGGGCCAAAGGCAAAAACCAAAUGACAACAAAUGGCAUAAUGGCAUAAUGGCCAGACAACAAAAACGCCGGCGAACUAAAAAAAAACAAAAAUGCAUAGAAAAACUCAACAAAACUCAAACAAAGAGCAUAGCAAAAAAAGCAAAAAAUUGAACAAAACAAAAUGCAAACAAACAAUGCAAUAAAAUUCAAUUACAACAAA